CCAUAGAAUUUUACAACCAAAUAUGAGUAUAUAUGGGCAGAUGGGAUUUGCUAUAAAGAAGCCAAUAGCGGUUUCUGCUCCUGAAUACUUUAACUAUCUCAUGGACUGGAUUGAAACUCAGAUCGAUAAUGAAACCAUUUUCCCCAGAAAACCUGAAGUAUCAUUCCCACCAAACUUUAAGGACUUGGUGAAGGUGAUUUUGAAGAGGUUGUUUAGGGUUUAUGCACACAUCUAUCAUUGUCAUUUUCAAGAGAUUGUGAAUCUCAAGGAAGAAGUUCUCAACAGUUGCAUCAAACAUCUUGUUUUCUUCAAAUAUGAGUAUCAGUUGAUUGAUGAAGCAGAGUUGGCGCCUCUUAAAGAGAUCAUGGGAAAGGUUUUAAAACCAUAG